UAUUAAAUAUUAAAACUAAAUCAGUAUAAUGGUAAUACUAAAUCAACAUAAUAGUAAUAUAAACCGGAAUAUUUACAUUUAUCUGCCCCAGAAAUAUCGUAAAUUGAAUGUUCAUUCAUUCACACACAAUUCAAGUUCUAAACCUCUCUCAAUCACUAUGGUGACCGCUGGUUCUCGUUCUUGUUUCAUAUUCUUGAGAUAGGUAUAUUAAAAAAGAACAAAACAGGAAGAACGUCUCACAGAAAAGGAAAUCAAAUUGCUCAGAACAUGUUCCCUAUGCACUUAUCGAUCGUUUGUAAAAAAUUGGAUUCCAAUAUAUGAGUAUUCUGAGUUUGUUGUGAUAGUUCGAAACUAUGUUUUUUGAAACAUGAUUUCAGAAGACUAUAAAAUUUGUCGACGAUAUUUGAAAAAGUAGAUUGAAUCAGUAUGGACGACAGAGCAAUCGAUGGUAUAUUCUUAGGUUGCCUCGACAAUCUCCCACCUGUCAGUUCAAAGAUUGUCAGAAUAUUCACCAGUUCCACCUUUACAGAUAUGUCAAUGGAAAGAAAUGCAUUGAUGGAAGAAGUUUAUCCACGAAUUAAAGACUUUUGCCGAGAGAAACACGGCCUGGAAUUUCAGGUUGUUGAUAUGCGUUGGGGUGUGAGAGAUGAAGCGACUGACGAUCACAUGACUACAGAUUUAUGCAUGCGAGAAAUCGAAAAUUGUCAGCGCUUAUCCAUGGGUCCCAACUUUGUGACAUUCCUAGGACAAAAAUAUGGCUAUAGGCCGAUACCAACGAUAAUUGAUGGCAAAGAGUUCCGCAUGAUACACGAUACACUAGGUCUUAUGAACCAGGAUGUAUCGCUUUUGGACAGGUGGUACAGAGAGGAUACGAAUGCUGUACCUUCAGUGUUCGUCCUUCAGCCAAUCAGUUCUGUCUUGGUGAACUUCAACAAUAAGAGAGCCCCAAAGCUUCAAGCACAGGAUCAAGCCACCUGGUGGGAUACGCUGGAAAAAUUACAGAAAAUGCUGCGAAAGGCUGCAAGUACAUUAUAUAUUUCCAAACGCAUUGACCAUGAUGCAAUGCACAAUUACAUGAUGUCUGUGACGGAAAGGGAAGUGAUAAAUGGCAUCUUAAAUGUUCCGAACACCAGAAACCAUUGUUUGGCUUACAUUCGGCAGAUAAAUGCUGUUGAUAUGACUAAUCUUAAAGAAGUCAGCAAAUUUAUUGAUACUUUGGGAAGAACUGUAGAUAUUGAGGCUCAAAAGCUAUUGACUGACCUGAGAGAUGUUAGACUACCAGCUAAAAUUGAAGCUUCUAAUGCUGUGAAAUACACAAUAAACUGGUGUGGAAAAGAAGGCUUAGCUGUCAAGUACCAUGAAGAUUAUCUUCGAGAAUUUACAGCUCACUUUUACAAGCACAUAACUCGUUUGGUGGAUCGAGCAAUGAGAAAAGAAGACUUGAGCAGUCAAGGACACAUUGUAACCGAAAUCUUACAGCAUCUUCAAGCAGGUAAGAGUUCUGUCUCAACUUUCCAAGGCAGAGAAGAUGAGCUAAAUCGAAUUCAAAACUACAUCCAGGCAAAUUCAGUGCAACCUUUUGUCCUGCAUGGCAAAGGAGGAUGCGGGAAAACAUCUCUUCUGGCCAAGGCAGCAAGCAUGAUUACAUCAUGGUGUCCGGAGGGAACGAAGCCAAUAUUAGUUCUUAGAUUUCUCGGUACCACUCCAGACAGUUCUAGUGUAAUUCCAAUGCUAACAAGUGUCUGCCAACAGAUAAUGUACAAUUAUAUGAUGCCUUGGGAGGGCAUACCAGAUGAUUUAAUUCCGUUAAUAGCAUUUACAAAACGUCUUUUGACUAAAAUAACGAAGGAGCAAGCUCUUUAUAUUUUUUUAGAUUCGGUAGAUCAAUUAACCGGCCAACAAGCUGCCAAUAAGCUGACAUGGUUACCAACAAGAAUACCAGAAAAUGUUAAAAUAGUUAUUUCUACUGCAUCCGAAGGAGAAGCUAAAGAAUACAACUUGCUGUGCAAGAUGUUGAGCAAUGAAAACCAAUUCGUUGAAGUCCAUCCUCUUGGAGAAGAACUGGCAGAAUAUACUAUUAAAUGUUGGCUAGAAACAAAUGGAAGAGAUUUAAGUAAAUACCAAUGGAAUGUUGUGAGGAAAGCCAUAUCAAAAUGCACCCUUCCAAUUUUUAUAAAACUAAUAUUUGCAGAUGUCAUGCGAUGGAGAUCGUAUUCAAAAGCAAGCGAAACCAUCCUAGCUUUCACUGUUAUGGACAGUAUCAUGAAAUUAUUCGAUCGAAUUGAAAAGCAACACGGAAGAUUGCUAGUGGCUCAUGCCCUUUCCUACAUAACUGCUUCCAAGAGUGGUUUAAGUGAAACUGAAUUAGAAGAUUUAAUUUCUCUGGAUGACAUUGUCUUGGAUGAUGUGUAUCAAUACCACAUGCCACCAGUAAGACGAAUUCCACCCCUUCUUUGGACGAGAAUUCGAAGAGAUUUACCAAAUUAUCUGUCAGAACGAGAAGCUGAUGGCGUUAGCGUUCUAAAUUGGUAUCAUAGACAGUUCAGAGAUGCAGCUAUAGAACGAUACUUUGUGAAACCAGAUCAAAUAAAAUACUUUCAUUCCUCGAUUGCUGAAUAUUUCUUAGGCACUUGGGGAGGUGGAACACCAAAGCCCUUCAGGUACACCGAAAUUCAACGUUACAGAUUUGGUUUGAAAAAUCCUGAAGGCACAGCAGAUCGCAAAGUGCCUCUGCAGCCACUUGUAUUCCAUACUAAAGAUGGUCGUGUUUCGGGGUACAACAAGAGAAAGUUCGGAGAGCUGCCAUUUCAUUUGGUGAGAUCGGAUCGUUUUGAAGAUCUAUUUGAAAACGUUUUAUUCAGCUAUUUAUGGCUACACUCAAAAGUCAGCUGUUGUCCACUUCAGGCGAUUUUGGCAGACUUUGAAGACGCUGUCGAGAAUCUUGUUGAUAACGAGCUUAUCAAGCAAUUGAAUAUAGUUGCUGAUGGAAUGAGACUUGGCGGAGUAGUAUUAAGCCAACAUCCAGAUAUGCUUGCGUCACAAAUUGUAGGAAGACUACUUCCAGUGAAGAACAUUUAUCCAAGGGUAAAAGGUCUUAUUGAACAAUGUGAUCAAUUAGGAAUUCAGCAUUGCGCUUUGGUACCAGCUUUCCAUAUACUCCACACUCCGGGAGGACCUUUGAAAUAUUCGUUAGAAGGUCACCCUUUUGCAGUGUUCGGGUUUUGCCUGACCUCAGAUCAGCGUUUUGUUCUCACCAUAUCGAAUAAAUUUUUAAUGUUUGAUCUCAUGACUGGAGAAAUUACUUGCGACGUCAAUCCAGAAAUACCGGGAAUUAUGCAAUCGUUAGCUCUGAGUCCCGAUGACAAAUAUGCUGUGGCAUUUACCAACCACAAUGAAUUAGUUCUGUUGAAUGCUUUGUCAGGGGAUGUUGAAAUAUUAAAAAACAUGCUUGAAACGAAACCUAUUGCCGGAGUUGCUAUUUUCAAACAAAUAGGCAUAGCAUGGAGUCUUAAGGAGUGGAUAACAUUCAGUCUCUCCAAUGGAUUAAAAUAUUCCUCUCAUAUAAUUGAUGAAAAUGAUUUCUUCAUUUCUCAUAUUAAUUACGUUGAUGAUAAAAACUUUUCAAUCGCAUUGUCUAGUUUUAAGAAAGGACAAGAAAAUCUGAGAGAUAAGCACAUUCUGAGGACGACUGUCAACGGAGUAAGUAUGACUGAUUUAAAUAUUGACAGCGCACUCUUCGUUAUACAAGAGGGCGAUAUUUAUGCCACAGAAUUCUCUAAUAACGAAUAUCAUAUAUGGCACUUCAAAUUGACCACGGAUGGUUGGGAGAAGAAAGAAGAGAUAGCCCAGUCACCUAUGCGCAUAAUGGCGUUAGAACUAUCACCUGAUGGAACAUUUUUGAUAGGAACUAUGCCGACCGGGUUUAGUCUUUGGAAAUUUGAGAAUGGUGAAGAGACGUGUUUCACCUUGCCCAAUAAUGUUAAAAACAUUUCAACGAAGCCUUUCCACUCUCAGAGCUCUUUAGCGAUCACGAAACAUAAUCAGUAUGGUGUUGGAGGAGUGAGAAAAUCUCUGUAUAUUUGGAAUGUAAAAGAUGGACUUCUCUUGAAGGAAGUCGAUGCUCAUAUUGCCAGGAUAAUGCGAGUACAAUCAUUGUAUAUUGAAGAUUUCAAUGGCAUUGUGUCCUCCUCCAUUGAUAAGACUAUAAAGGUGUGGAAUGUGAAAAACAUAUUCGAAAAAGUGUACACGAUCGACAGGAUGGAAAUGGCUAUUGAAUCUGUUUCUCUCUCCGGAGAUGAUGAACUAGCUGUAACUGUGACCAGAAGCAGCGUCGGAGUUUGGAGUGUAUCGACAGGAAAACUUUGGAGCAAACUGGUUGAUUCUCCCGUGGGGGCUAUUGUGACCCACGCUGUCAUCACUGCAGAUAGCCGUCAUGUCAUCAGUUCAGAGUCUGGAAAUCUUUUAGUUUGGAAUCUGAAAAAGGGUUGUGUCGUUUUUCGAGAGAGUCAUCCAAACAUCCGACAACUUCUUCUUGGCUUAGAUGACAAAAUUAUAGUAGUAAUAACAUCUGAAGUAGAAAAAGAGACUCGAUGCACGGUGAGGAAUAUCCCAACUGGCGAAGAAGUUUACUCUUUCAAUUUCGAAAGUGAUGUCCCAGAACCCGCUGUUAUUACAAAAAACGGAGCCUACUUGGCCGUCAUUUCUCUCGAAGGCAAACAGAAAGUUAUAUCUGCCUAUCAUGCCAGAAAAGGGGCAUUCAUGUUCAAGAUUCCUCUGACAAAUGUGUCAUUGUUGGGUUGUGGAAUUUUACCAUUUCCCGGAAAAGCCUCAGCUGUGAUCAUAACUAGUUCAGAUUCCUCUUGGAUAGUUGAUGUGGAAACCAAACGAAUCGUUCGUGGCAUAAAGCGUUGGAAUGGAGCUUGCACGAGCGACGGUAGAUACGGUUUAGUUGCACCCAAUCAAGGUGGUUUGGAGGUGAUAGAACUAAGAAGUGGGAAAACUGUGAAAGUUCUUAUUCCACCAAUCAGUGAAGGGGUGUUUGCCGUAACAGCUAAAUUCAACAAUACUGAUGAUUAUGUUCUCUACUACCACAGCGGAAGACAGACGAUUAGAUUGUUCAGGAUGUCGAACGGAAAAAUGAUUGGAAACUACAAACUGGCGGCAGAGGUAACUGAUUUUCGAACAACCCAUGACGGACUCUCUGUUGUAGUUGGCGGAAUCGAUGGAAGUUUUGUUGUCUUGGCGAUAGCAGAUCCUGAGAAUUUGGAAUCGAAAGUUAAGCUGAAACGCCUUCCUAGCAGAGGGGAAGCUAGCAUUGGAAUGAUUAAAAAUUCAGUUAGCUUCAAGACAGUGGCAAGAGUUACUGCUACUGCUGCUUACGCAAAACGGCAAUCUGCUUGUGAAGAAAGCCAACAAUCGGAGGUGUGCACCCUCCAGUAAGUUGGAAUGAUUCUGACUUUAAACAAUAGGAGAAAUAUCAUCGUAUCUUAAUAAUUUUAAACUACUGAAUAAAAAUUAUCCAGUCAAGUAUUAGUUAAAUAAAGUAAUUUAUGAUUUAUUUAUUAAGAACAUAUUUUGUAGAUAGUCUACACUUAAAAAAAAAAUUAAUUUUCUAGUGUUAUUCAUUUCUGAAAGUUGUAUUUUACGAUGUCAUGAUGUAGAUAUGUAAUAUAAUUUUAUAAAAAUUAUUUUA